AUGGCCGAUGCACCGGCCUAUGAGCAACCCAGUCUCACAAGAAGCGCGACUCCCAAGGAGACACGUCAGGAUCCACACAAUCUUGCGGAAUGUAUUCUACAUCCUUGUCAAGAAGGCGAUGGCUUCACUCCCACCUCACCAAUUCCCCAAAUAGCAGCAGCACAUCGAGCCCGAUCGAGUAAGAUACUUGAUCGAAUCUUGUUCGCACAAUCUAGAGGGAUUCAAGACCGUGCACUGGAAGAACUUGAGGCACGCCAGCGAGAUGAACAGAGAGCAGAAGCCAAAGCUCGCAAAAAAGCAGCGACGCAGGAACGGAAGGCAAGACGAGAGGAAGAAUACAGGAAGCGAGAGGAGAAAAGACAAGAGAGCAGAGAUCGGGCACGGCAGAACAACAAAGACAAGGCAGAAAGAAAAGCACAGGAAAAGAGAGUGCACGAUUACUACGGGAUACGCGGUUAUGACCCAAGCGCCGGCAUGCUUCUCUCUAAUCGAGAAAGGGCGGCGUCGCGAACUACGAACGGGCAAGUCCAGACACCUCGGAACAUUUACGAAGUGCUGAAUCCGAGGCCCCGAACUAGUCAAACCUGGGGCGUAGAAUAUGGGAAACCUAACGAGGAGCAUGGGAAAGGACGGCACUCUACUCUGUGA